UGCCCUAAUUCCUCUUGCAAAAUUUUGAAGGUACUUCUUUCCACUCUUUUUGCAAUUCAAUUGAUAUCGAUCACGAUUCUUGAUUGUUUGAAAUCUGCUGUUAAUGUUUUAUCUGGAUCUUGCAUAAAGCAUACUUGUAAUUCGUUUUCUGUGUUCAUGUACGUAUGUUAGUUUUUUUGAUGUUGUGUUCAACUUUGAUUUGAUUAACUUAGCCGGGAUUUCGCCGGUGGUUGCGUUUGGAGGCAUCUGUAUGACUGUAUUCGACUUUUGUUGUUUAAGCCACCACGUUUCUAGAACUAGGGUUUCAACCAAAACCUCGCUGUUAAAUAGAAGUUACGCGACUUCAGUCGUUUUGCGUGUGGGUGAGAUUGGGCUUAUAGAUGCCGGCAUGCUGGAUAACGAAGACAGAGUGGUGGAAAUUGAUCUGUGGUUGAUAAUUCUUAUUCAGCUUGCUAGUUCCGAGUUAUGCAGGACUUUGAUUUGAAACUUUCUGUUAUAGGUUACAUUGGAAGAUAGCCUUAUGCUUGCAUCUAGUUUUAUAUGUUUUUCCUAGAGAUAUUUCAAGUUUCAACUUUUUUAGGCGCUUAAUUCCAAGAUUAGGGAUAUUAUACAGGAAGUGGGUGGUGAAUUACAUAAAAUAGACAAUUUUAAAGGUUGGGUUAAACGCAUUCCUAUACAUUGCUAAAUGCACCUUGUACAAAUCAACCUUGGGACUUAUUUUUUACAAUACCAAUAAGGGGUACAUAUAGCAUUACCCCAAUGUUGAUGUGUGUGACAGGAAAUUAGUAGGUACUAGGUAGCGAUUCAUUUAGCCCGCCCUUUUAAUUGUUAAUGAACUAUUUUACUUUUGUGUGUCUGGAACACUAGGUCUAAUGACUAGAAUUGCAAAUCCGCAAAGGUGAAAUUGGAUUUUUUGAUUGAUUCCUAUGUGCUUUUAAUUGGCUACUUGGGUUUGGAUAUUUUAGUUCACUGGUGGGUGUAGUUUGGUUGGCAUACAUAUUCUAUGUGGCACAAUUGGACGAAAAAUCCAUGUCUCUACCGCAGAAAAUUUCUAACCAGGGUUUUGGACUGGAACUCUGUUGCUAAGCUAUUGAAAAUAGAAAAUAGACAACUUGUGAGGUAUUUCUUCUGUUUGGUUGUCAGUCUAAAUUGCGGAAAUACGCCUCUUUGCAAAGUACAAUGGAGGGUGUGUGCAAAGACUUCCCCUUUUGCAAGGUGCCUCUGUGGAUUUGUUCAUUACAGUGGCCCUGUUAAACAACUGCGAUUGUUGCUGAAUCAUUUCACAAUGCUUUUUAGCUUGUGCAUAUGCUCUUGAGAAGGAAGAAGAGCAGAAAUUGAAUUUUUUAAAUAACUGAUUCACCUCUAUGCUGUGAAGUCCUUGACAGAGACUUCUUUAUCUUCGAAGGUUUUUGUACUAAAUGAUCACUUGGUGCAACCUGCAUUUAUCGUACAUAUUUUGUUACUUAUCUCUUUGUCCUGGUUUCUAUUUUUGCUGGGGGCAUGCUUCUCUUUCUUAAGUCUAAUACAUAUUAUUUUAUUAUUCCAUGUUCACCUGACCAGAGCAUUAAAAUGGGUGGAAGGAGCUAUUCACCCUCACCACCUAGGGGUGGUUAUGGGAGAAGGGGAAGAAGUCCUAGUCCAAGGGGUCGCUAUGGUGGUGGUCGUGCAAGAGAUCUUCCAACGAGUCUUCUAGUUCGUAAUCUUCGCCAUGAUUGCCGGCCAGAAGACCUUCGGAGGCCAUUUGGACAAUUUGGUCCUCUAAAGGACAUUUACUUGCCAAGGGAUUAUUAUAGCGGGGAGCCACGUGGAUUUGGUUUUGUUCAGUUUGUCGAUCCUGCUGAUGCUGCUGAAGCAAAAUACCAGAUGGAUGGUCAGAUUCUUCUUGGCCGACAACUAACGGUGGUUUUUGCUGAGGAGAAUCGAAAGAAACCAUCUGAUAUGAGAGUUCGAGAACGGAGGGGUGGCAGAUUUAGUGACCGUAGGCGGUCACCUCCACCUCGUUAUUCUCGCUCACCACGUUACACCCGGUCUCCACCUCCUCGCUAUGCUAGAUCACCAUCUCACAGCCGUGAAUACUCUCCACCACCUAAGAGAAGGCAUUACUCGAGGUCGAUUUCACCUCGAGACAGAAGAUAUAGUCGGGAAAGAUCAUACUCACGUUCACCGGUGAGAGAACGUUCUCCAUCUUACAGGAGUCCCAGCCGCAGUCCCAAGUCUCCACCAUAUAAAGGCGGGUCAAGGAGUAGAAGCCGUAGUCCUGUUAGGGAGCGACUGCCGCCAAGGGGUGAAAGCAGGAGCCGUAGCCGAAGCCGAAGCGCGGAUCCUGGUGAUUACUACAGAGAUUUGCCACCACGGAGGGAUGGUUCUCCAACUCCCUGAAGAGACAUUUUAACGUAGGUUGGAUGUUUUCUAAUAUGAUUUGUACCUGAUUGGAUGGUUGUGAUGAUGUUUCUUUAAUCAGUGCUUUUUGUCUUCCAAAAUUACCAACAAAUAUUCCUUUUACCAAUAUUUUGGCUUUUACUUUUUUGUUUACAGCGUCAAAAAAAAGGGCAUUAUUCC